UGUCGACGACGCAGACGCGCGACGACUGUCUCUACAUUCAUGAGCCCUUCUAUCUGCUCAGCAGCUUAGCUUCGUACGAGUCUAGAGUGUAGUCAGAGAGUAUCGUGCGACUGCCGUCUUGAUAAAAAUUACCAGAGACACGAUCAGCGACCAAGUACUACUGCAGAAUCAAGACAGCUGCUGCAUGACUGCAGAGACGCGCGUAGGGCUUUUGUCUCGCGCUGAUGGAUCAGCCAGCUACAAGACCGCAUCAUGCAGUGUUCUAGCGUCCGUCAAUGGUCCCAUGGAAGUCCGUCAACGCGAUGAACUCCUCGGCGAAGCGACCCUCGAACUGCAUAUCCAACCGGCUGUGGGUCUCGCAAGCACGUCAGAACGAGAUAUGGAAGCGUUAUUGAAAGCAGCUGUGCGGCCAUCCCUGCUACUGGGUCUCCAUCCGCGUUCGUUGGUGCAAGUGACAGUGCAAGUCAUGGUUGCGGGUGAUGUUCGUGAAGCGCUGCUGGCGGCCUGCAUCAAUGUCAUUGCCCUUGCGUGUAUCGAUGCAGGGCUAGCGAUGCAGCAUAUCCCUGUCGGUGCGCAUGUGGAACUAGAAGCAGGAUCACGGCAUACAGUGUGCUAUACCUUUCCUGGGCAAUCGCUCGUCUUGCUGGAAUCGGCAGGGCAAUUCAGGAAGGAGGAGGUCGAGGAGGUUGAGCGGCUGGCGUUGGCGGCUGCACAGGAGACGUAUACGGUGCUUGAAGCGCAAAUCAGGGAUAAGGUCGAGCAAGACGACAGAUGGCAGCAAUGAAGAUAAUAUCGAAGUGGUCAUGCUCGAAAUGCAUCAUGUACAGUAGUCAACAAUGGCGCUAUAUGCUGGUCGUGAAUCGCAUCAAGCGGGUCUAAUGCAAUUCAUCGAGCUUGUCGCCGAGCUUGACGAUGGAAUGCCGUAAGACUCGCGGGUCGAGCUUGAUGGU